CUCGUCGACGGCCGAGGUGGUGCGGUCACCUGGAACAGUCCAGCAAGGAAGCCUCAGACAUGAAGUGUGCAGCACUCUGGACCGCUGCUCUGUGCGCCCUGGCAGUCGGCGGGGUCGUCGCUCAGACCCAGUACCGCAUGUGCGUGGACAAGUACCAGGGAGGCCGUGACUGCGUGGUGCUGGAGUCGGGCGAGAGCAGCGUGCGGUGCGUGGAGGUGACGGACAGCGUGGACUGCGCGCAGAAGAUACAGAGCGGUCGGGCGGACUUCGGCGUGUUCACGGCCGAGGAGGCGCUGCUGGCGUCCAAGUUCGUCAACAGCGACACGCAGGUGCUGCUGGAGCUGGUCUCCGGCGGCCAGCAGGCGCCCGACACCACCGCAGCCCAGUUCAAGUUCGAGUCCGUGGCGUUGGUGAGGGCCAACCACUCGGGAGGGUUGGCGGGCCUGCGCGGGAAGAACUACUGCCACCCCGGCUUCCAGAGGACGCAGUACUGGACCGACAGAGUGCUCAAGGAGUUCGAGCUGCGCGUGGCCAACACGCAGUGCGGCGGGCUUGCCAACCUCACCACGGUGGAGAACGAGCUGCGCGCGCUGUCCGGGUUCUUCAACUCGUCCUGCCGGCCCGGGACCUGGGUGCUGGACGACUGGACCCAGGACACGUACAGGCGGCAGUUCCCGCAGAUGUGCAGCCUGUGCGACCGGCCCGACACCUGCAGCUACAAGCCGGGCCUCGCGUCCAACCACUACGGCGCGCUGGACUGCCUGCUGCGGGGCGGCGGGGACGUGGCUUACGUGGAGGCCGCCUCCGUGCGCAGCUACUUCGGGGUGGCGGGCAACGACGACAUGGUGUACCUGUGCAAGGACGGCAGCACGCAGCCGCUCAGCACGGCCUCGCCCUGCGCCUGGGUGCAGCAGCGCUGGGACUCCAUCGUGUCCAGCAACCGCGUGGCCGCCGCGCUCAGGCCCCAGCUGGUCAGCUGGCUGCCCGCCGCAGCCUCGCCGCGCCGGCUGGACUGGACCAGCAACCUCGCGAGCCUCGUGCUGCCCGACAGCAGCCACUACGCGCGCGAGGUGGCCGGCACCAUCACCAUGCAGCAGUACAUCAUGGAGGGACGCGACAUCCCGGUGACGUCGGCGUGCCAGCGCACGCUGCGCUGGUGCACCGUGUCCGAGCUGGAGGACAGCAAGUGCGAGUGGCUGCGCCAGGCGGGCGUCACGCACGGCCUGUCGCCGGAGCUGCUGUGCCUGCGCGGCAGCAGCAAGUUCGACUGCUUGCGGCGCGUGGAGGCCGACCUCGCCGACCUCGUGGGCAUCGACACCGACCUGGGCUACCUCGCCAAGAACGUGUACAACCUGAACACGGCCUCCUACCAGGAGAGCACUGCGGCCGGCAACAAUGCCGUGGUGGCCGUGGUGAAGGCGGACUCCUCGCUGUCCGGCGUCAAGGGGCUCGUGAACAGCAAGGCCUGCUUCCCGCAGUUCGGCGGCAUCGCGUGGGUGGCCUUCUUCGAGUCGCUGCGCAACGCCUCGCUGCUGAGGGACGGCGUGUGCCCCUACGGCCCGGGCGCGCGCCGGGUGUUCGCGGAGGUGUGCGCGCCGGGCGCCCGCAGCGCCUCGCACGACCGCCAGCAGCUCAACAACAACACCGACCUGUGUGGCCUGUGCAGCGCGGCCCUGGCGCGGCUGCCCGCGCCCUACGCCAACUGGACGAACACCUCGGGGUGCGCGGGCAACUCGUCCAGCGCGCUGUUCGGCGACCGCGGCGCGCUGCUCUGCCUCAGCUCCGGCGCGGCUGACGUGGCCUUCGUGCGCGCCCGCCAGCUGCCGGCAGCCAUCGCUGAGCUGAACUUGGCGGUGGACUCGUACAGGAUUCUCUGCCGCGACGGCAGCAAGCGACCUCUGACGGAGACCGUCCCUGACAACUGCCCCCUGGCCACGGUGGUGGGUGGCGAGAUCGUGGCUCGGAGGAACCGCUCCAAGGUGAUGACGCGGGACAUCAACAACCUGAUGAGCGAGUUCGACGACUGGUUCGGCUACGCCUACCGCAACUACGAGAACAUCUUCCACAUCUUCGAGUCGUUCAUGGACACGGACGGUGUCCUGCUGCAGAACAACACCAUCGCACUGCUCACGUCGUUCAACACGCAGAGCUACUUCGUCAGCGCUUACGACGACAUGAAGCGGACGGCGUACACUUGCCGCAGCGCCGCGACACCCGCCCCCACCGCCGCCGGCGCGCUGCUGGUGUUGGCACUGGCCGCCGCCGCCAGGCUGUGGUAGCCGCCGCCAGGCUGUGGUAGCCGCCGCCAGGCAGUGGUAGCCGCCGCCAGGCAGUGGUAGCCGCCGCCAGGCUGUGGUAGCCGCCGCCAGGCUGUGGUAGCCGCCGCCAGGCUGUGGUAGCCGCC